AUGCAGAAGCUCCACUGUCAAACUUCUUUUCUUCUUCACAGAUCUACCAUAACCUUUCAAAACCUGACUUGGCAAGCUUCGCCCAUAUCCGCCCAAGGAAAUGUACACGAAAGCAAAGGGACCGCACAUUGGUUGUCGGCAGUCGUUUUCUUUGUCGUUCCCUUGAUGUCCACUUUAAUUCUCCGGGACAAACACUGGCGCAACCCUAAUAUUGAUGGAAGAAGUCCCGAAGUCCACACAUACCACCUUCCCGUAGCCUGUUUUGAUAGAGAUUUAGCUGUGAAGCUUUGCUCCAAUCAGGUCUUCAAGAGCUUGAUAGAUGCAUCUAUUGUUUCACUCGAGGGUUUUGCCGCAUGCGAAGAGACGAUUGGGACAUUUGCACUUCGAGAGAGGGGAAUACGCGAAGGUUGGUAUCAAGUUGAGGAUCUUUCUAGCUCAGAUCGUAAAAUUGUCUACCCCUCACUUUUACAAGAUCUACCUAUUUUGGUAGCAGCUGGUUCGAAGUCAGAUUUGAUACGUUUUUGGUUUCAUGACAGCGAUCUGGAUCAGCGAGUUGGAUCUAGGAAGAGACCCAUCUCUCCAAAACAUGCCCAGUUCCAUUCCUUUUUUUUGUGUCUACUCUUCGGCAGCGAUGGAUAUCUUAGCCAGGGACCAACAAAGCAUUGUUUGAAUUUCAAUUUUUCAACAGAUACCGAGUAUGUGUCAAAGGCCACCCAAAUAUUAGUCCUAGAACGGAGUCCGGACCAAUUUUUAGCGCUGAAGGAGCGGCAAAGCAAACGCCCUUGUCAUGAAUUCAGUCAUUUCAAGUUUCGAAAUCCGCGGUCAGCGAAGCCAUCAGUACUUGAUCAGCCUGUAACACGCUCCGAACUUUUUUGGCUCCCACCAGACUUCGACCACUUGCAUGAUAUAUUGGUUCUAUUGGAAUUCCUGGAUGUUGGGAACUCCAACAGCAACGAUACAUGA